UUUGCUUCAAGUUUUUCUUGCUGGAUCAGAAUCCUCUGAACAUUUCGUAUGAAGCCUGGGAGAGAGCAGCUGGCCUGGACAUGGGUUGAUGCCUCAGUUGACAGGUUGUUGGAUUAGAAAGAAUAUCAAAGGCAGCAAGCAAGAUUAGGGAUAAGUAAAAAUCUAACAGCAGUUUCCAGGAGAAGAAAACAGAUGAUAAACAAUGGGAACGGGGUUCUUAAGGGGGAGAUGAGAGGUGAGAAGGCCAUGGGAAAAGUGUGGCGGUAAUCACUAAAGCUCCAGGUUGCUGCACCUCGUGAAUAGAAUAGGAAAUGGGAUUUGCAGGGACAGAUGUGAUGAGCGAUGAUGAAUACAUUAAAGGCAAAACUUUUCAAGAAUGGCAUUUCAAAACUUUGGGAUUUCAUGAGGACACAUGACAGUGUGUCCAUUCUUAUCUUCAAUAUUUCUCGGCAAUGCUUUGUUAUGGUGAAGCAGUUCCGUCCAGCUGUCUAUAUGUGUGAAAUGGAACAACAGUGUCCUCAGUACUUUGAGAAUAAGAACGAAGAGAGUUGGUGCCCUCUGUCUGGUUUUUUGCCUGCUUCAAAAGGAAUAACAUAUGAACUCUGUGCUGGUAUUGUAGACAAGCCAGAGCUCUCUUUGGAAGAAAUUGCUUGCAAGGAAGUUAAAGAAGAAUGUGGCUAUGACGUUCCUGUAACCAGCCUAAAAAGAAUCACUUCGUACAGAUCUGGAGUUGGUGUGACAGGAUCAAAGCAGACAUUAUUCUACGCACAGGUAACCGAUGAGAUGAAAUCGAGUGAAGGAGGUGGUCAGCCAGAGGAAGGCGAGCUGAUUGAAGUUGUGGAAAUACCUCUGCAGGAUUCCAUGAAAUUUGCAUUUGAUGAGACUUUCCCUAAAACUAUGGGUGUUGUCUUCAGCUUCAUGUGGUUCCAGUCCAACAUAGCACCAAAACCGCUUGAAAAAUAAGGUUCUGGACAAAUAGAACAGAAAGACAGGACCAAUCUCUCAAGAUGGUACCGUUCCUAAAUUUGCUAUAGUAAAGAUUCACAAAGUUAAUAAUUUGGAAAUGCAGAUCUGGAUUAUAUGCUAACAGUGGCAGAUAAGUAACUCAAGUUUUAAUAGGUUUUUCAUCCCAUAUUUUAUUUCCCAUCAGGCAGAAUUUGAGGGAAGGACAUUUGCAAAAAAAGAAGCAUAAUUAUCUAGGGCUCUUGCUGGUCCUAGGGCCUAGCCAAGGAGCAGGCCAGACUGCCUUCAGAGCAGUGAGCUGUUCUAAUACCUUAUUCACUGAGGACAUUAGCUGAGAAGGUAACGGGUACCUUUGUCAGUGGAGUGCGACCCACAUCUGCUCUCCUUGCCAUCCCAAGUGGCACUGCUGACUCUCUGUGCUAUUCUGACUGGCACUGGAUUUUCUUCCUCUGUUGUUUCGUAGAAGGCUCUCCUUAAUAUAUAUCUUAUUCACUGUAAAAUUCCUGAUUAACUUGGAUUUCGUCAUUAAUGUGUCUUCCUUAAUUUAGAGUAAAUGUCCCCAGGCAGGGCCCGUGCUUAAAUAUUUAUUUAAUUAAAGUAUCCAUACCCCACAUUUCAAACAAAAAGGCACCCAGUGCAGUGCACAAAUCAAUAAAAAGAGACAUCUGUGCAUUUAGGCUUAUAAUCUAAAAAUUCAAGACACACAAAGAAAAAUGCGAAGGAAAACAAGAAUACUCAUGUACCAGCAAUUAAUGUUAUAACCAGCUUAGUCUCUCCCUGCGCCACCCCUCCUGGAAUGGCUUGAUAAAUUACUCCUUUGAGUCAAGUUUGACUUCUGGUGACUACAUGGACUGAUCCAUAUAAUUUUCUUGGCAGCAGCACAGGAGGAAGUUUGCCAUUGCCUUCUUCCAGGACAUUGCUUGGACUUCCCGGUCUGAUCAGUAGAACUGGGAUUUCCUGUUGGAUUCCUAUCCAAAUGCUAACCAGGCCUGAUAUUGCUUAGCUCUUUUGCUAUCAAACAAGGUUGACUAGGUGCUGCGUGGAUGACUAUUAUGGGACAGGAGAGGCCUGAUGGAAGUGGUUUCUCAAGGUAACUAAGGCUAAUAAUACUUUCUAUCCCAUCCCAGCUAGUUUUAAUUCUGUUCAGAACCUAACAACAGCAAUAAUAAUCCAGUAUAGCUCUAUUCCAUGUCAUAAUCAGCUGAAUAAAUUCAGUACAGGAAGCAAGGGCAACCUUUCUGUUUAAUGUAUGUAAAUUAAUGGUCUCAAGCACUGCCUUCUUCUGAGUGAGUUACAUGAAUAUGUGACAUCUUCCAAGAGCUUCUCUUGGUCCUCUCAACUUUGAAAAGAAGGUGGGUGAGUGAAUAUUGUGGAUAGGAUCUUCUGUUAUCUUGACAUGAAUUGUCUCAUGUUCUAGAUGAUUUUAUUUUUGGAAUUAAUGUUUUAAUAAUUUUUUAAGGUUGAUCAUGUUUUUUUAUUUAAUGUUUUGAUUUGAUGUUUUAGUCAUCCCUCUGCUUUAACCAUAUUAA